AUGAAGCGUCGUGUCUCUGCUACUCGACUCCCCGGGGCGUUUGCCGCUCCUGCGGGUGCAUCACCGUUACCAGCCACAGAGCUUUGCGUCUAUGAAUGCAGCACCGGGGCUGCUGCAGUGGUGGAGUCGCCGCAGUGGCGUGAGUGGGGGAAGAACAGCGGUUGCAGCGAUGACAGCAAGUUGUACAAUGAGCUGUCUCAGCUGGAGGAGACGAUGCAAAAGAAGAGCGGGACUCUGCAAGCGACCCUUGGCGAUGCGCUUCCCAAGUCACCAUCGGUGAUUGGACCGGGUGCUCUCCAAACCAGCCCGCCCACUGGUGAGUUGCUUCUACAGAAGGAGGAGUUUCUGGCGCAGCUCGUGCAACGUGUGCGCGCGAGUUGCGCAAGUGUACCACGGGAGCAUAGCGCCAGCACAUCGGACUCAGAGCAAGACACGGGGCUGCGUACGGAGAGUCAUCGGGUAUCUUCACCACUGCCUCGGCGGCCCUCGCCUUCUGGCGUCAAAUUUGCCGAAAGCACACGAGUCCGCUCAAGUGAUGCAGGCCAGCGAUCGAUGGGUCGAUCGCGGUCGCGCAGCCCGUCGCCUAUAUCAGCCUCCUCUAUGGUAAAGAGAUUGACUCAGCCAGCUGCGACUGAGCCGGUACAAGCCCAAACUGCCUCUCUUGUUGGCCGAGGGGUUCAAGCAGCUGGAUCUCCAAUGUAUCAGCGCUCCAGCCCCACUUCGCCGGAUCCUCGACCACCGUCUACCGACUUGUACGCGACGGGAGGAGCACUGCGGAGCAGCCUGCAGUACAGCCGCUGCUCUGGCGUAUCGCGUGGUCGGCGAUCCCUCAGUGCGGAGCGGCCCGACAACAGCGACGCCCGCGUGCCAUUGGCUUCCCCAAUACAAGAAGCAGACGAGAAAGAGUUGGACAGUUUCUGGAGUCGUGCGACAGCGGCGUGGACUGGGGUGCCCGGCGUGGGAAGGCAGAGGAGCCUCAGUGGCAUCCGUUCAGAGUCCGUGCACCACCAAUCCACACACCCACAAUGGAAUCCGCAUCCAAUACAGGCGGCGCGGCCGGCGUGGAAUCAGCGGCAGCCGCAGAGGAAGCAGCGACCUGUGGUGAGCGUGCCAGGAUCGCAGCCGCCGUCGUCGGGACGCCGGUGUGCAUCGCGCAGCUCCGAGACGCCCAUCAACGCGCAGGGGUUGCGCGGCGCCAGGUCGGAGGAAAAAGAUGCGAGAGGGGCUUCUCAUCGCAGCGCCGAGCGUUCCCUGAGGCGUACCGCCUCCAUAUCAUUGCACCUAAAGCAAGAGCAACCGACAGCGCCGCGUCACACUACUGGGCAAUCACCACGGGCAGCAGUUACCUCCCCCUUGUCUCCGCCAUCUGCGCGGGCGCUGUUUCAGAGCCACAACGCACAUAGCGUAGCGCAGACUACGUCUCCCCUGGAACAGGAGCGAGAGACGUCUCUACAGAGCCGGUGCGACGCGGCGCUCGCACGGGCGACCCAGGCAGAGCGGCAGUGCAGCAUUCUUUCUCACGCACUGGAGCAGCUGCUCGUCGAUCACGCGGCCGAGAAGACGGCAUGGGCGGUGCGGCACGCAGCGCUCGAGCAGAGGGUGACCUCAAUCGCGGAGUGGAUUAGCGGUAUCGAUGCUGAGGCGAACUUGAACACAGCGUCCCAAGAGGCAACAGGCACACCAGCGCCAGAGACAGCGAUCUCGGACACAACCACAUCACAGGUGUCUACCGAGCAAAGCGAGGCGGGUGAUACGGCCUGCCCCACUGUCACCGCUGUGGCGAAGGGCACCACUUGGGAGGAGGAUGUGGACAUUGCUGACAUCACCAACAACAGUGGCUCUCACAGUGCGGACGGCAGUCCCCUUCCGUGUGCCCCUGGGGCAACACCCACGCCGGCCCGUUGCAACAGCGCCAACACCGACGGAGGGAACGCCUCCGCGUGUCAGGUGCGCCUACCGCCAUCGCCGCCGCUAAUCCUCCACAUGCACGCUGCCGCCGCCACCCAGUAA